GUGAAUUUCUUUUCUUUUUUGCGUGUUAACAGGACUUUUAUUUUGGUGUUCUGGUGUGACGUCAUAAGCCUGCGCCGUUCCUGCAUCUGUGAUUCGGCUGGAGAAAGAUUGGACAUAUUUCUUCACACAAGGCUUGUAUUUUUGUGGAGAAGCGAGAUGAAGGUGAAGAAAUGAUGACAUUCCUUCCCUCCUGCUGAAGCGACUGAGAUCCACGUGACACACUAUUAUAAAGAUGGAGAUUAUUAAAGACGAGAGUGAAGACGUGGAGAUUGAAGAAACAUUCAGAGUCAAACAAGAUACUGAGGAACAAACAGGCCUGAUGGAGCUGAAAAAGAAGAAUCAAGAACUGAAUGUAAUGGAGGAGAAAAAUCAGUAUGAGAAAUGUCAUUAUUUCAUGACUGGGGAGAAAUCUAUUAGUUCCUCACAGACCCAUAAAACAGAUUCUAGAAACCUCCAGAUGAGAGUUCACUCCACUUGUCAACAGUGUCAAAAGAGCUUCACUCGAAAAGAAAGCCUUAAAGUCCACAUGAGAAUUCACACUGGAGAGAAGCCGUUCAUAUGCUCUCAGUGUGGAAAGAGAUUUAGACAGAAAAAAACCCUUAAUACCCAUUUGAAAGUUCACACUGAAGAGAAGCCUCACACCUGCCAACAGUGUGGAAAGAGUUUCAGUCGAAAAGGAAGCCUUAAAGUUCACUUGAAAAUCCACACCGGAGAGAAGCCUUUCAUAUGCCCUCAGUGUGGAAAGAGAUUUACACAGAAACGAAUCCUUAAUGAUCACUUUAGAGUUCACACUGGAGAGAAGCCUUACACCUGUCAACAGUGUGGAAAGAGUUUCUCACUUAAAGGAAAUCUUAACACUCACAUGAGUAUUCACACUGGAGAGAGGCCGUUCAUAUGCUCUCAGUGUGAUAAGAGUUUUAGACGGAAAUCAGACCUUAAAUCCCACAUGAGUAAUCACACUGGAGUGAGCCCUUUCACUUGCCAACAGUGUGGGAAGAGCUUCACACUAAAAGAAAGCUUUGAGAUUCACAUGAGUGUUCACACUGGAGAGAAACUAUUCAUAUGCUCUCACUGUGGAAAGAGAUUUAAACGGAAAAGAGACCUUAAUAUCCACAUGAGAAAUCACACUGGAGAGAAGCCAUUUAUUUGCCAACAUUGUGGAAUGAGUUUUGCAUUAAAAGGAACUCUUAAGACUCACAUGAGAGUUCACACAGGAGAGAAGCCAUUUGAUUGUGAUCAAUGUGGAAAGAGUUUCAGAUAUAAAGAAAACCUUAAGCAUCACAUGAUGAUUCACUCAGGAGAGAAAUGUUUUGUGUGUCAUCAGUGUGGAAUGAGUUUCUCAGACAGUAAUCACCUUAAGAAUCAUGUAAAAAAUCACACCGUAGUGAAGCCUUACAUAUGUCAUCACUGUGGAAAGAGUUUCACAUACAGCACACACCUUGAGGUUCACAUGAGAAUUCACACUGGAGAGAAGCCUUUCAUCUGCCCUCAGUGUGGAAAGAGUUUCACGAUUAAAAAAAAUCUUAAGGCUCACAUUAGAGUUCACACUGGAGAGAAGCCUUACACCUGCCCUCAGUGUGAGAAGAGAUUCACAUACCACACAGAACUGAAAAGGCAUUUGCUAAACCAUUGUAAAAAGAAAUAGCCUUUUCCUCAGUGUGACGUUACGGCCCAAGUGUUUUGUUAUAUUUCUGUUGUUUUGUUUGUUUGUGUGUGUCUGUCUGUCUAGGAAUGUCAUCAGAUUGCUGCUAUAUGCUGAUUGGUGCACAGCACUUUAAACAGCACGUCAUCGCUUCCUCUACAGAGGGGAGGGGAACGUUGGUCCCAUUGAUCUGCAGAGUUUAGCUCCAACCUUAAUUAAACACACCUGAAGCUAAUCAAGGUGUUCAGGAUUACUAAAGUUACAGGGAGAUGAGUGGUUUUAUUUUCAGGGUUGGAGCUAAGCUUGGCAGGACAAUAGCCCUCCAAGAUCAACGUUCCCCACCCCUGCUCUACAGAAACAUCUUGUGUUUGGAGAAGAUAGAGUUUUUGACUGUAUAGUGCAGAGUUUGUGUGUUAGGAUAGUUUGAAUGUGUUAAGAGUAUUGCUUGUUUGUUGUAUUUGGGAAAGUAAAGAGUCUGCCACUGUUUGAUCUCUGUUUUUGUUUGAGUUUUGUAUAUUCUUUUUUCUUUUCCCUUUUGGGUUAAGGAUUAGGAAAGAAAUUUAAAAAAUAAUAAAGUUUUAUUUAUUUUGGCCCAUUUAGCUCCUAAAUCAAGAGUCCCAUAUUAAGACAAUAAAUCAUCAUUGUUCCAAAUUCA